GAUGCCAACCGGUUAUAUCUAUAAGAGAUGGCCAAAAGAAAAAGGUAAAAAUUGAGAGGUGAGAGAGAAUCUUCAGUGUCAAAAGGAAGUAAUAUCCUAAUCAAUAAGCAAAGACUAAAGCUGUUUCCACACCAAGUUUAGCACCUUUAAUUGUUUCUUUUCUCAUCUAUUCUAUACACACCUUUUGCACUAUUUCUUACCCCAAAACCAAGAAAAGAAUUCCAAUAUUGAACACUACCAGGACACACCCCCUGUGUUUUUCUUUUUCAUAGUCUCUCAAAACUCACAUACCAGAUCAUGCCAUGCGAGAGUAAUGGUAGCACAAUAACACAAAGAACAACACAACAACAGGGCUUGCUUUGAAGCUCCCACAUAUUACUACAUCUCUCAAUCAAGAUGGUUCGAAAGCUGAUAGUUGAAGUGGUGGAUGCCCGGAAUCUGACGCCAAAAGACGGUCACGGCACGUCUAGUCCCUACGUCCAGGUCGACUACUACGGGCAGCGGAAGCGAACAAAAACAGCAAUUUGCGAAUUGAACCCAACAUGGAAUGAGGUUCUGGAGUUUAACGUGGCCAAGCCCUCCGACGCCCAAGUGUUGGGAGACCUGUUGGAGGUUGUCAUUUACCAUGACAAGAACCAUGGACCAACAACGAGGAACAACUUUCUCGGUUGGAUACGCUUGGAUUCCACACAGCUUUUCGUUAAGAAAGGCGAGGAGGCCUUGAUAUAUUUCCCUUUACAGAAGAAGAGCUUGUUUUCUUGGAUUCAAGGUGACAUUGGUCUCAAGAUUUAUUAUAUCGAUCAUGAUGAGAACGAGGUCGUCCCACCACCGCCACCUCCAGAGCCUGAAAAAAAGCAAGAAGAACCGCCAGCUGCGGCAGCCCCACCACCACCAGAACCAGCUCCUGCGCCACCUGGUGCUGAUGGAGAGAAGCCUAAUGAAGAGCCACCUGCUGCUGCUGCAGCUGAAGCUGAAGCUGCAGCCGCGCCACCACCAGAGAAUGCGGAAGCUGAACCUGAGAAGCCAACAGAAUCAUCUCAGCCUCCUCAUCAACCAACAGUGGAAGAGUCCACGCCUCCAGAGGUGGACUCUUCCACUGUUGGAGGCGUGGAAGAGCCCACGCAUCCAGAUGAUCCCGUCAUCGAAAUGAUGCAAGCAUCUGUUUCUAAAUCAAUGCCUGAAGUGAGAAUCGCAGGUCCGCAACCAAUUAAGAGGCCAUUUACAGGACAUGGAAGCAACUUCACUCCAUUGGAUCCAACAGAAAGUAUGACAAUAGAGAAGUCCUCGUUCGAUCUCGUCGAGAAAAUGCACUACUUAUUCGUUCAAGUGGUGAAGGCAAGAAAACUCCCCAGCAUCGUGAAUCCAAUUGUCAGAAUUGGGGUCUCGGGAGGACACAAUGCUCAGUCCAACCCUGCUCGUAAAAGUCCUAAUUUCUUCUUCGAGUGGGACCAGACAUUUGCUUUCGGCCGCAACUCCCCGGAUUCUUCCUCCACCUUAGAAGUCUCCGUGUGGGACUCAGUACACAAUACUUUCUUAGGUGGGAUUUGCUUUGAUGUGACGGAAAUCCCACUGCGGGACCCACCAGAUAGUCCCUUGGCUCCACAGUGGUACAGGUUGGAUGGGAAUGAGACCCACUAUCCAGGUGAGCUCAUGCUUGCCACUUGGAUUGGCACGCAGGCUGACGAGGCAUUCCCUGAUGCAACAAAGAGUACUGACUGUCGUAACAAUGUGAACUCAAGAGCAAAAGUGUACCAAUCUCCAAAGCUGUGGUACCUCAGAGCUACUGUUGUAGAAGCUCGAGACAUUCUUGAUCUGCCAUUGAAAGAUUUGUCAUUCCAAAUCAAAGCACAGUUGGGAAUUUUCCAAGUGUUGAAAACCAAAGUCUCUGUCACACGCGAUGGCUCACCGUUGUGGAACGAAGACUUACUAUUUAUAGCCGCUGAGCCAUUCAGCGAUUACUUAGUCUUUUUCCUCGAAAUGCGACAAUCUAGUAAAGCACCACCGGUAACCAUUGGCAUUGUGAGGAUUCCAAAUGCGGCCAUCGAAAGGCGAGUGGACGAUCGAAAGGUGGCGUCCCACUGGUUCAACUUAGAGGCCCCAAACAACGAUGAGAAGAGGGUGAUGUACAAAGGUAGAAUCCAUCUCCGCUUGUGCUUCGAUGGUGGCUAUCAUGUGAUGGAUGAGGCUGCGCACCUAUGCAGCGAUUACCGUCCUACUGCAAGGCAACUAUGGAAGCCCCCUGUAGGUACAAUCGAGCUUGGUAUCAUUGGAUGCAGGAGUUUGAUACCGAUGAAGACGAUGGGAAAAGGUAAAGGCUUUACAGAUGCAUAUUGUGUUGCUAAAUACGGAUCAAAAUGGAUACGUACGCGUACCAUUUCUGACAGCUUGGAACCCAAGUGGAAUGAGCAGUACACAUGGAAGGUAUAUGAUCCAUGCACUGUGUUGAGUGUUGGAGUUUUUGAUGAUAGCUCAGGAAUAUUAUUCGAGACAGACAGUACUUCUAAACCGGAUUCUCGUAUUGGAAAAGUUCGAGUGCGUAUUUCUACAUUGCAGACUGGUAAAGUGUACAGAAACUUGUAUCCAUUGCUGGUUUUGUCCAAUUCUGGAAUGAAGAAAAUGGGAGAGUUGGAGAUAGCAAUUCGGUUCACACGUGCAGCUUCAAAUUUGGAUAUUCUUCACGUGUACUCUCAGCCUUUGUUGCCAUUGAUGCAUCAUAUAAAGCCACUUGGGAUUGUUCAGCAAGAGAUGUUGAGGAACAUUGCAGCUAAGACCAUAGCAGUACACUUGUCACGAUCAGAACCGCCAGUUAAACGCGAGGUUGUGCUUUACAUGUUGGAUGCAGACUCACAAGGUUUCAGCAUGAGAAAAGUACGUGUAAACUAUUUUAGGAUCAUCAAUGUGAUUGUUGGUUUCAUGGAUAUUAUCAAAUGGGUGGAGGAGAUUCGUACAUGGAGGAGUCCGAUGGCCACAAUUCUUGUACAUGCAUUGUUUGUGAUGUUGGUGUGGUUCCCUGAUCUAAUUGUGCCCACAUUAGCAUUUUAUGUGUUUGUAAUUGGGGCUUGGAACUAUAGGUUUAAGUCAAGGGAGCCACUUCCACAUUUUGAUCCUAAGAUUUCACUGGUUGAUGGUGUGGACCGCGAUGAGCUAGACGAGGAGUUCGAUAUGGUGCCAAGUAAUAGGCCAAAUGAGGUCGUGCGUGUGAGGUAUGAUAAGCUACGCACGGUUGGGGCACGUGUACAGAGGAUAUUGGGAGAUAUAGCUUCGCAAGGUGAACGUGUGCAAGCGUUGGUGACAUGGAGGGACCCUCGUGCAACUGGGAUAUUUGUUGGGUUGUGUUUUGUGGUGGCCAUGAUAAUGUAUAUGGUGCCGUCGAAGAUGGUGGCAAUGGCGUUUGGGUUCUAUUAUUUGCGCCAUCCCAUAUUUCGUGAUCGGAUGCCAUCACCAGCUUUGAAUUUUUUCAGGAGGCUUCCUUCGCUUUCUGAUCGAAUUAUGUAGCUAAGUUGAUAUUUAUUUGAUAAUCAGAAAAAUCUUAUUGCACGUUUGCUAUUACACCUCCGUACCCACUCCAUUUUGAAAUCAUGUUUUUAAAACAAUAUUUCAAUUAAAAUUGCGAAAUUGUAUUUUCAUGAUUUCAUAAUUUUAGCUGAAAUUGAGUUUAAAACACGAUUUCAAGUUAUGUGGUAGUAUGUGUACGGUGAGUGUGUUACUAUCAUCACUCUUUGAUAAUAAUGGAAAGGCAAGGCAUGCAUAUUUUCACA